AUGUUCGGGAUGGAGGUAUUCUGCACAUUUCCAAGCAACUAUGUGGAAGCUCAGAAACAUGGAAAUGAGAGAAGGAUUAAAAUAGGAGACGAGGACGAAACCCUCCGGACAGGGAAACGUACGAAACCCUCUGGACGAGGAAACGUACAUUGGAGUAAUCUUGUUCUAAGCCAAUCAAGUGGUGACACCAGCUACUUUGGAGAAGAUAAGGAUGAUCAUAACCAAUAUGGAGAAGACAUGCAGCUACUACAAUGGAGCCAAAACCAUUCAGCCAAUCAAGUAGAGACAUUGAGCUAUUGGAAUGGGACGAAAUUGUGUUGGACCAAUCGGGGAGACACCCAGCUGCUCAUGAAAGACAAGGAUUGUCCAAACCAGUCAGACGGAGACACAGAAGUGCUCAAUGGAGACGAAAUUGACUUGGACGAAUCAGGAUGCAACACCAACCACUGA